AGAUUGGUAGAGCCUGCCCGGACUGCGCGGGUUGGGGGUGAGAGCGGAAGCGCGCUCUUUCAAACUCGCCGUCCUAACGUCGAUGCACGCAGGCCACUUCCGGCGUAGCCAUGGCGGCGAACGCUACUACUAACCCGUCGCAGCUGCUUCCUCUAGAACUUGUGGACAAAUGUAUAGGAUCAAGAAUUCACAUUGUGAUGAAGAGUGAUAAAGAGAUUGUUGGCACACUUUUGGGAUUUGAUGACUUUGUCAAUAUGGUACUGGAGGAUGUCACUGAGUUUGAAAUCACACCAGAAGGAAGAAGGAUCACUAAAUUAGAUCAGAUUUUGUUAAAUGGAAAUAAUAUAACAAUGCUGGUUCCUGGAGGAGAAGGACCUGAAGUAUGAAUGGAUUUCCUUGACUUAACUCUGUUUAGUUUUAUAAUGACAACAAAAUAGAAUUUUUUUUUUAACCUUUUAAUGUUUGGAUUCUGUAAAUCUAAGUUUCCCGUUGAAGGGAAAUGUUUUGAAGAUGUAUUGUAAAUGCCCAUUUUUGUAAGUUAAUCAUUAUUAUCUUGGAAAAAGAAGAACAGUUUGUUCUUUGAAGACGAAAAUAAAAAUGUUUUUGGUUAA